CUGUCUCACUAAACAUUUAUAUUUAAACGCGUUUAUACCUAAAAGGAAUUUUCGGGUUUAAGAUUAGUUAAGAUGUAACUUAGUGAUGUAAGGAGUUCAGUUCUUGAUAAUAAUGGAUAAUCAUGGAUAUGUGCCGGAUGAAGCUAACGGUAGGGCCUAUACAAUAUCUAGGUCUAACUCUAGUACUAAACCCAUUAAUUCUAAUGCAUUUUUGGUUGGGGUUAAUUCGAGAUUCAAAUCACCAAAGAAACCCGUAUACUAUCGUAGAGCCGCCAUCAUCUUAACCGUCAUAGUUAUCAUCCUUCUUAUAGGCCUAAUCGUUCUAAUAGCACUCCAUAAAAGGCAAAAUUCUGCAAAACUCUGCACCACCAGCCAGUGCAUCCGAUCAGCAGCAAACCUAAAAUACUCGAUGAACUUCUCGGUGAACCCCUGCGACGAUUUCUACAAAUUCUGCUGCGGACGGUGGUCCAAGGAGCACCCGAACCACGGCUGGUACCCCAGCUACUCCACCUUCACCACCAUCAGCGAAAAAAUCAUGAUAGAAUCCAUGGAAGUGCUCCAAGGUGACUUGGAAGAUGAUGAACCUGCAGCAGUUGGACACGCCAAGAGACUGUAUCAGUCUUGCAUGGAUAAAGAGUCUACAGAUGACUUGGGUCUAACACCCUUAGUGAAGUACUUGAACAUGACCGGGCUGCCCACCAUACCGAGUUAUUUCAAUACAAUUCUUACGAAGGAUUUUCAGUUUGAUUGGGUGAGAACCGAGGUGCUACUCAAGGUGGUGCUGGCAAUGGACGUGUUCAUCGGGUUCACCGUACAACCGAAUAUAUUUAAAAGGAACGAGAGUGUUAUUUAUGUGGGGGUUUUGUAUCAGAGCUGUCCGUUACCUAGCCCAAUGAAGAAAAAACACCUAAAACUGCGCCAACCGUGGAAAAGGCCGAUAACCAAACGAGAAACUGACGAUGAUGCUGAUCCAGAUUCAGAUUCAGAUGAUGAUCAGGUGGAACACCAGCGAAAAGAAUUACGAACAAAAAUACGCACAACUAUCAUCAAAUAUGUGACCAAGCGGCUCUUUGAAUAUUCCGGUCUAACUCAUCCGGAAGAGGAGUUUUUGCAAGAAGCGGCAGACAUCAUUAACAAUAUAACAUACCAUUUAGAUGACCUGAACGAGAACGAAAACUACACGCUACCGCAAGGCGAUACUGGUGAAGACCAAACACACAACGUCACUUUUAAAAAGCUACAAGAGCUCACUGAUAAUAACGUGGAAAAGCUCAUGCCAGAUUUCUGGAUAAACUACAUCAGUUUGAUUUUCGAAGGCACCAAUGUGACCAUCAAUGAAUCCAGUGAUUAUUUGUUUAUUACUGAUGUGGAGCUCGGAUACAUCUGGGGUGUUUUGAACUACGUUUCCAGCCUUCCGAGGGAGCAUAUUGAGCUCUACAUGUGGUGGUCAACGGUUUACGCGAUGAUCCUUAGUACCACCAGUGAGGUAUCUGAGUAUAUACUCGCUGCGACUGCUGUGUAUUAUGCCAGUACGUACCAAGAUGAUGAAUCUGUCUAUGUGAGGUCCAGAUCUCUGGAUUGUUGCGAGUUAGUGAAUAAGUAUAUGGGGUGGGCAGUGAGUUAUGCCAUUGCUGAUAAGAAUUUUGCUAACCGUACCAAGCCAAGGCUUCCUACUACUGUUGAAAAAUGGUUAGAAAUAUCUAAACUCUUUGGAGAAAGGUGGAAUUUUCCCCAUUGCCUCGGUGCCCUUGACGGCAAACACGUUAACAUCCAAUGCCCUGCCAAUUCUGGAAAUUCUUAUUACAACUAUAAACGAUAUGUUAAAAAAAUGAUAAACGACAUCAAAGCCGCUUUUGUGGAACACGUGCGUGGCAUCACCUGGAUGGACGAUGCUACCAAGAAAGUCACAUUGCAAAAAAGCGAAGAAAUGCUGAGUUUAGUCGGUUAUCCCGAUUGGUUGUACGAACCUGGAGCGCUAGAUCGGAAAUAUUACGGUUUGGAAAUCAACGAAACGACUUAUCUGGACAAUCUGGUUAAUAUAAUAAUCCAGUCGAUAAACGAGACUUUGACCUCCUUGAGGCUGACCAAUCCGAGGGAUUGGAGUACCGAGGCAACCACUGUAAAUGCUUUUAAUUCCUUUAGUGAUAAUGCCAUCAAUGUUCCUAUGGCAAUCCUGAAUUAUCCUUUAUACGACUUGGGACUGGAGGUUUUAAACUAUGGUUCGAUCGGUUCGAUACUGGGUCACGAGCUAACACACGGAUUCGAUAACACCGGAAGAAAAUACGACAUUUACGGUAAUUACAUACAGUGGUGGACGAACAAAACGAUCGAUACCUUUGAAAAUAUGACCAAAUGUUUCGUUGACCAGUAUGAUAAUUACACCCUCGAUGGGGUUAAGGGACAUGUUAAAGGCAGAGUGACUUUGGGUGAAAAUUUAGCGGAUAACGGGGGCGUGAAUCAGGCUUAUAUGGCUUACAAACGUUAUCGGAAGAAAUAUGGGGAAGAAGCGAAAUUGCCGGGGUUCGAGGGGUAUUCCAGUGAUCAAAUGUUUUAUAUUGCUUAUGGCAGUAUUUGGUGCGAAACCACCUCCGUAGAUGACCUAAAACUGCAACUAGAAUACGACGAGCAUUGUCCAAACGCAAUCAGAGUCAUCGGAACUCUGCAGAAUUCUGAAGAGUUCAGCGAAGCCUUUAGCUGUCCCGUGGACAGUUACAUGAAUCCAAAAAGGAAAAAGUGCAAAAUUUGGUAAAAUAGGGACCACAUUAUAGUUACUAAGCAAGUUCUGAAAGUGUGAUAUUUGUAUAUUAGCUGUGGCAAUCGAAUAAAUAAACGCUAUUUCGUUUC